AUGGCAGCUUUUCGCCUUUUCUCGCACAAGGCCUUUUUGUUAUUUGUUCCCUUAUUUCUACUUUGUAGUUCUUCUGUUUCUGGGUAUUCAUGGAAUGAGGUUAAGGUUUGGUGCAAGCAAACCCCAAAUCCUCAACCGUGUGAGUGCUUCAUGAACAACAAUCCCAUUCACAGCCAAAAGAUCAUCAAACACAAAGAUGAUUUUCUCAAGCUUUCUCUUCAAGUAGCCCAGGAGAGAGCCCUGAAAGGCCAUGCAAACACUGUUUCAUUAGGACCAAAAUGUAGGAACUCACGUGAGAAAGCUGCAUGGGCUGAUUGCAUAGAGCUUUACGAGCAAGCCGUCGAGAAACUCAACAAAACCCUAAACCCCAACCCCAAGUUCUCCCAAGAAGACGCUCAAACAUGGCUCAGCACGGCUCACACCAACCUCGAGACGUGCCGAGCAGGCUUCUACGAGCUCGGAGUUCAAGACUUUGUGUUGCCUUUGAUGUCCAACAAUGUCACUAAGUUGGUGAGCAACACUUUGGCUCUGAACAAAGUUGAAUACAAAGAGCCAAUUGAAUACGAAGAGCCAACUUAUAAAGAAGGGUUUCCAACAUGGGUUAUUAAGCCUGGAGAUAGGAAGUUGUUGCAGUCUUCUUCUUCAUCUUCACGGGGCAACGUUGUUGUGGCCAAAGAUGGAUCUGGCAAAUACACAACUAUUGGCGCUGCUAUAAAUGCAGCACCAAAGAGCAGUUGUGGGAGAUAUGUGAUAUAUGUGAAGGCUGGAAUCUACAACGAACAGGUAGAGAUAAAGGCAAAGAAUAUAAUGUUGGCGGGAGACGGCAUAGGGAAGACUAUAAUCGCAGGAAGUAAAAGUGUUGGAGAAGGCACCACUGCCUUCCGGUCAGCCACUGUUGGCAAGUCGAAAGUCAUCAAAGUUUAA